CUACUCUGACAUACCGGGCAAUGCUUUCCCCGUAGUUGACCCUACCUUGAAGCUCCUCUUAGUACCACGGUGCCUUAGUAGGUAACGUAUCAUUCUACGCGCUAACUUGUGGAGUGUCCCGCACCGCUUCAACUGCAAGACCUCUGUGAUCCCUUGCGAUGUCGCAGCCUUUUGCGCUCCUUUCGGGUCGUGCUAUGUCCGACAGGCUCAAGCUCGUUGUCCAGGGUCUCUUGCGUCCGUCGGAGAUCGUGAAUGCGGCCACCGAGGCGUACAUAAUCUCCACUCAAGACGGGACCUCAGGCUUGGAUAAUAUUCCUCGGGCUAGGAGCGACCUGCCCCAUGGUCGCAAGCGGGUGGUCGCUGUCGUCACGCACUUCGAGCCGCAGGACGGCGACCGCGGCCAAGGUUGUGUGAUCGUCAUCAAGAUGGCGCAAGGACCUCCUUCGUCAAAACAUGAGUACAGCUUCGAACGUGCAAUCCCCAUUACCGACGGCUUCUCAAUGUCAAUGGCACAAAUGCCAUCCAACACAGUCCAAGCUACCGGCCUACCUAGGUAUACCCAAUCUAACUCCGCAAACACAGCGUUUACAUUGACUAUUGCCGCCGACAAGGCUCCUGAAGCAGAGCGGUUGACGCUGCUAACGUAUGAUUCAGAAGGGCUCCGGACAACACUUACAGAAUGUCGCCGCUGCAAAGAAAUUUCUGCUCUUCAGGCUGAGCCGCAAGACCUCAGUUGGUUGGCAGCGUAUAUUGAGAGACCGAGCCGCCCAGCGAUACUUUCAUCCGUGCCGCCGGAUCUACGAAUGCUCCAGAAGCCCGUACACACUCUGCUCUCCCCGGCGAGCGCAGGUCAGCCUGGGGACGAGGCAUUUGAUAUGGCGAUUAUCCGAGAAGACUGGAUCCGCAGAAGAGUCAGAGAUCAGCUUUUAGCGAGCACAGCGCCGCGCUCUAGCCUCCGCAUCCGUGUGGGGACCUUCAACGUGAAUGGCAAGAUGCCUACCCAGGACCUCUCUUCUUGGCUCCGUGACGAUCGUAUCUACGAACAAUUCAUUCCCCCACUGAAGGAAAUAUCUCCGCUUUCGCUCAGCGAUCUUGCGCAGAGCCCAUUGAGCACAGACACCUCGAACGACGCCAGAGACUCGAUAGCUGCGGGUGCGGAUGACAAGACGCGUGUCGCGGAGGAUCAAGGCGAUCCGGAUCUCUUUGUCCUAGCCUUCCAAGAACUCGAUCUGUCCGCCGAGGCGCUGCUCUAUUCAACGAAGACCGUGCGAGAAGACGCAUGGUGCGCAGCGGUUUUUGCGGGCUUGGGCGAGAAAGCUGUGUUGUAUGAAAAGCUCGUGUCGAAGCAGCUCGUCGGGAUGCUGUUGCUUGUGAUAGUCCGAAAGCGCCUCAGGGAAAGCUUCAGUGACAUCCGAAGCGCAUCUGUCGGCGCCGGUAUCAUGGGGAUGAUGGGCAACAAAGGUGCCACCGCCGUCCGAAUGGCAUACGCUCCGACAAGCUCGGAGGAAGCGGCAUCGACGCGCCCUAGUACACUGACAUUCGUCAACUCACACUUGGCAGCGUUCGACGAGAUGGUGGACAGGAGGAAUGCCGACUUCCAUGACAUAUGCAAACGAUUGUUGUUCGACACCGGCAUGACAGGCCAAGAGCCCUUAGCGCCGGAUGAUGUGUCUUCGGAGAGCAAUCCAAUAACGCUCAACAUCUUCGAGACAGAUGUGCUGUUCUGGAUGGGAGAUCUUAAUUACAGGCUCAAUUUGCCGGAGACCGAUGUGCGAUACCUCCUCUCUUCUUCCGGGAAGAUCAGGAAAUCAAAUAUGGAGCUCCUGUUGAGAUUCGACCAGCUAUAUUUGGCUCAAUACAUGCAGAAAGCCUUCGAAAACUUCAAAGAACAUCCUAUACGGCAUGCACCGUCUUAUCGAUUCGCCACUGACGCGAUGGCGGACACCCUGGGUUAUGAUACGAAGAGGAAACCUGCAUGGACCGAUCGCAUACUUCAUACGCAUUCUGCGAUGGUAGAUGUUGAACAGUCUUCUUAUGGGAGCCACCCAGACAUAUCCAUGAGCGACCACAAGCCGAUUUCGGCAAACUUUGACGUCCGGGUGGCAUCGCUUGAUGCAACUGCAUUCGACAAGUUUGUGCAGGGCUUGUGGAGAGAAGUGGGCUCAAUUGAGGAGUCAGACGAAGUUCCACGACUGAGAGUCGAUGCCACAUUCAUCGAUUUCGGGACAUUCUCGUACCGCAAGCCAUCCCAAAGGAGCUUACACGUCGAGAACAUCGGGAAGACCCCAUGCACCUAUCGUUUUAUUGCCACUACACUCGGCACAAAUAUUUUCCCAGAGUGGCUUGAAGUCGAUCAAGUGUCGGGUCUAUUACUUCCAGGCGAAAGUACAGAUAUCAACAUUUCCACGCGGGUCGACAAAGCGUUGGCGACAAAGCUGAAUAUAUCCCAAACCGAAGUUACGCGCACGCUCAUAUUGCAUACUGCUAUGGGCAAAGACCACUUCAUCACGGCAGUCGCCAAGUAUGAGCGGACUUCCUUUGCCAAUAACCUCUCCAUGCUUGCACGGCUUCCUGGACCCAUCCGGGGGCUGAAAUCCUUGAAUGACUUGCUUCCUGCGGAUCAUGCCGUGACCGCACCAAGGGAAGUCAUGCGUCUGAUCAAUUGGUUGAUGACGAACGCAACUAAUGCCGAGGGACUGUUCCUGCAGGCUGGUGACAGCAAGGCAGUUGACACAAUCUGUGAGUGCCUAGACACGGGUGUGGAAUUCCCAUUCCACCAUCCUGAAAAGGAGCCUGUGGUCGCCCUGGCAUUCGGAGAAGUAUUCAUGCGCUUUCUUGAAAUGCUUCCUGAUCCGGUGAUACCGGUCAGUAUGUUCUCGAGAUGUGCGGAAGUCUCUAGUAAGAAUCAAGCCUUCGAGCUGUUAGAGGAACUACCAGCAGUGAACCUGAAUGUAUGGAUUUCAACGACUGCUAUUCUACACUACUUUGCACAGCAGGACCCCGUAUCGUCGCGGAUAGAACAAUUUGUGGCGGUGUUCACCUCAGUACUACUCCCGGACGACCCUACUGCGCUCGCAUCGCCUUCUACUUCCCUACGUGGCAAACGAGCGUUCCUUCGCUAUUUCAUUAGUUGAGAAAUCCGACGAUUGGUCGUAGGUGUUAAUACGGAUUGAUUUAAUACAAGCUAGUGGCUACGUAGUAUGGUACUCGGUUUCGGUGUACAGAUGAGCAUGCCCUAUGUGACGCAGGAUAAAAAAAGACAGCAAGAGC